AUGGCAAGGUGGAAGGGAGAACUCAAGGUUCUCGGGAUAGUAGAGAUAGUGAUGAUACUGAGGAGGAAGAUGCUGACGGCAAACUUAGCUUCAGGGGGUUCCCCGAGCAUCCCUCAUCGACCCUUCGAGCUCGGAAUGCCUGAGGAUGACGAGGCGGUCGUGCACAUCGCGGCGAGCAGGUUGAGCCCGAACAAGUCUCUGCUCGUCCAGGAAGGGGAGGACGCUUCCAGCAACGAAGCGAUACCCCCACCUGACAGAGAUCUCUCACCUACAGGCAAGGAGAAGGAGGAGGAUGAAAACGAGGAGGAGGAGGAGGAGGAGUACUUCAUGGACAAGGCCAUGGCAGUGAAAGCUGUCUUAUUCACCAAGAAAGCCAACGUUCCUUCGCUAUGGCGCGAGCUAGCGGGAGCUCACAGUCAGGCGAGGGAGGGAGAGGGGAGGAGGGAGAUGUACACGGGCACCAUCGACUUCAACUCCAUCUCCUCCUUCAUCCACAACUUCGCGUCAGAAGCUUCGAGGUGA